UGUUGUUAGCUGUUUGUUCUGUCGGAGGAAGACAUCAAGGAGACGCAGAAUUUUAAAAAAAAACAUGGAAAAUGAGAGCAAGAGAAAAAUGAAGGAGAAAUUUGGCCUGAGGCGGGACAUCUUUAAGGAGUUCCUGGCGGAAUUUCUGGGGAUAUUUGUCUUAAUACUCUUUGGAUGUGGUUCAGUGGCCCAAACGGUGCUGAGUAAAGGGGCUCUCGGGGAGCCCUUGACUAUCCACAUUGGUUUCACUCUGGGAGUCAUGAUGGCCGUCUACAUGGCAGGGGGAGUGUCAGGAGCUCACUUGAACCCUGCCGUCUCGCUUGCCAUGGUGAUACUUGGGAAACUACCAGUGAAGAAGUUCCCUGUGUAUGUGGUGGCACAGUUCCUGGGGGCUUUUGCUGGAUCUUGUGCUGUCUAUGGGCUUUAUUAUGAUGCUUUGAUGGAAUACACCAAUGGAGAAUUUGCCGUUACUGGUGUGAAUGCCACAGCCAACAUAUUUGCAUCUUAUCCUGCCAAACACCUCUCAGUCUUAAAUGGAUUUGUUGAUCAGGUGAUUGCAACCGGUGCACUGAUCCUGUGCAUCCUGGCCAUUACUGACAAGAAGAAUAUUGGUGCUCCACAAGGCAUGGAGCCUCUGUGCAUCGGCCUGAUCAUCAUGGCUAUUGGAGUGUCAAUGGGUCUGAACUGUGGCUAUCCAAUCAACCCAGCACGAGACCUCGGCCCACGGUUCUUCACUGCGGUGGCUGGAUGGGGCAUGGAUGUGUUCAGAGCUGGGGGAUGCUGGUGGUGGAUCCCUGUGGCGGGGCCCAUGGUGGGUGGAGCAGUUGGAGCUGGUGUAUACUUUCUCUUCAUUGAGCUGCACCAUCCCGAGCCUGAAAAACAAGAGGAAAACAAUGUCCAGGACAAAUAUGAAAUGAUAACGAUGAGUUAAAAUGAAAAAUAAGGGCUGCUGAGUGUAACAACAAAACUGUGGCAGAUGAUUCAUUCUCGCCUCAGAAGGCAAAACCAUUUGUCUAAAUGAAGCAGUUACAUACAUUAUACAACAGAUAUUCACUGUUUUGAAAAUGUACAUGUCAUGAUAACUAUAAGGCAUGCAUCUGGCUAUGCAAUUACAUAGUCAUUUAUACAUUAUGCAUGAAUGUUUUAUAUGGCUUUUAAGUCUUUUUUCUGGUCUAUUAAUAUGUUUCAGGUUUAAUCUGUCAGGGACUCUUUCAUAUACCAAAAAAAUUAAAUCUUUUUACAAUAUAUAUUCUUUUUAUACAUCAGGCUUUUCUUUUAUUUCCAUUAUAUCAUAAUCUUCUGUAGAAAGUUUCUUCUGCUUUAUAGCCAUGCAGUACUCUUUAUAGUGUUCCACUGGGAUAAGCUCUUCUCAUUAGAAAUAUUUGCCAAGUUUCUGUACAUCAUUUAAUUUUUUUUUUUUUUUUUUACGACUAUCUACCUAUCAAACAAAAAGGGGCAUUAAAUAUAUUUAGCACUUAGGACAUGGCUGAUAAACUUUGCUAAAAUAUGGAAAUGUAGCAAUUUAUAUUAUUUUUAGCUGAUGUGUUACAGUGAUGUAUGUAUUUUGUGGAGAGACCUCCUUAUUCUCUUUCACUUCAUUCUUUGCAUGUGUGUAAAGGAACUUGUGUGAUUGAUGGUUUUAUCUUGCUUUCAGAGCUGUAAAUGUAUUCUAUUAAUUUAGAAAAUCCAGCCUUAAAGGAUUAUACUUGUGUCGCUUACUUUUCUACUUAUCUCCAUCAUUUUUUUCUGUUCCAAAUCCACCUGAUGUUACAUAUGUUAUGAAAAGCCAUAACCAUCAUAAGAAACUUACAUAUCUGCUUUCUGCAAAGAAGCUGUAAUUUUGUUUUUAGGCAAAAACCUUUGCGAAUUCCUGGAUGAGCUGUGUCUGAGUCAUUACAUACUUUUCAGGGACCCAUAUGCAAAGACUGACUGUAAUUGUUUACAUUAAAAAACUAUUUGAAGCUGAGAUAAAAUAUUAAAUAAAACACUUUUGUUCCCAGUCUAUAGCUGGUGCUGAUUUUACUACAGCAUAGUACAUAUCUGUAAAUCUGCCAGAGAGAAACACUGCCAACAUCCCAGCAAGAAAGUAUUUGGAAGAAACAAUACUGUUAUUUUCCUUUAUAAAUGUGCUUUCCUACUGAGAUAUAUUGAGAUUCAUACUGUUUGUAUCCUGUCAGCACACAUAUGUGGAUUCACAAACACCACGACCAAAUCAUUUUAAACAUUUUAAAUCAGCAUGGAUAAAUGGAGAAAAUGCUGUCCGACACUGGGAUGCAUUUAGACUUUAAUGUGAAUGUGAUGAUUGUUGUUGUCAGUUGAACAGACAUUUUUAAAAAAUACAUGAAUUGUGAGAUUAUAUUGCAUUGCAUUGAAAUACAUUUUAUAGCAGUACAAGACACUUGUUCAGCAAAGUGACAAUCAGCUAAAUUCAGAGGUUUUGUGUGUGAUGCUGUUCAGUUCACCAUGUUAGUUAUAUUUAAAACCCUGUAUGUGGCUUAUAUUUGACAGAAAAUAAUCACUGUACACAUGUUUGCAAAGCUGAAGGUGUUGUCUCAACAAAUGUUCAGUUCUUGCAGUGAGGUGGUUUAUAUUUUGGCACUUGUAUUUCCCUGUCAUACACUUUGAUGCUUCUGUCUUGCAUGGCAACCUGUCAGAAAGUAACGUUUUCAUCUUUUUGUGUGUUGUUUUUUGUGUGCUUAUUUUAAGUUGCUUACUUUUUCUAAGGCAGUUUCCUAACAUGAUUUUGUUAAGUACUAUACAUCUGAAUCAACACCUUUUCUGUUACACUCUUCAGUGUACCUUACUAUGAAAUAAAGUUUGUUAAAAUUA